AUGUUUGUCGUACUGGGAAAGGAGAUGCGGUUGGAGAGGGAGGUGAAUUGCAAAGUGGUGCGGGAACGUUUUAGAAGCUGGACAGUAGCCAGACAUCCUGCAGGAGCAUACAACGAUCCUGGAUCCGGCACGAUGAUUGGAGGCGUGUUUGACGAGUUUGAUGUAGCGCGCGGACCAAAGGGAGUGGCUUGGGACCAGGACAAUUUGAAGCGCUUGGAGGACCAUAGGGCUACAGACAGAUUGGCUGUAUACUCCAAAGGUGGUAUCAAUCUGAAAUCGGGAAUUCAAAGGCUUCGGAAUUGCCCUCGCAUUCAUGAUAUACAGCUGGCAGGGCCCAGGCUAAGCAUUCCCCGCAUCGGGUCUCGAUCUCAAGCAAAAACUCUCACUCUUUUCUUUUCCAAACUGUUCACCAGCAUCAAACCGAUCGAUCCCUGGACGAUAUCGCCAUUGGUCAUAGAACCUGUCGCAAAGAGCGAAGGAUGGGUGAUGCUAGGGGAGAGAUCGAUCCGGUGGUUGUUUGUUAGGCUCGGAGGAGGAUCACCGAGUUGGACGUCACAUGUUGCAGUCAACAUGCCAGAUGAUAUUAGGAUUUUGGAUGAGAUGAUAGAGACGCUAGUGAUUGAUAUGCUUGCUAUCAUCUUCCCCCUCGAUGCAGUGUUCACUCGACUGCUAGGCAGGGAAAAGGAGGAUAGGAUAUGUGCAGUAAAAUCUAUUGUUUGUGUUCCUGUUCACAGGAAGGGUCAGAGAGACGGGAUGUGA